AUGGAGGACCUCCAAAUUUUGUCAGUAAAAGAUAGUGAUAAAUUAAUUGCUGUAUGAGGAUGAACACAUGGGGAGCUAGAACUAAUCUAUAGUCAGAUAACUGAAUGGGAAACCCAAAAUAAUUACAAGGUCUCGUUUCUGAUAUGAUGAGGAGAUUUUGAAUGAGUUAGAGAUGAAUUUGACCUCGCUUGCAUGUCUGUUCCUGACAAGUAUAAGAAAAUUAAGGAUUUUCAAAGAUAUUAUGAUGGAACUAAAAUCGCACCUAUUCUCACUAUCUUCAUUGGUGGAAAUCAUGAAGCUAUGAAUUACCUGAAAGAUCUCUACUAUGGCGGAUGGGUAGCAGAGAAUAUAUAUUUCCUUGGCUACAGUGGAAUCAUCAAUGUCAACGGCCUCAGAAUAGCAGGAGUCUCUGGGAUUCACAACAGAUCAGACUGGAGCAAGGGUUAUUACGAAGUCUAUCCCUUCCAAUACGGAGAACUUAAAUCUUCGUUUCAUACUCGUCAAUAUGAAAUAAUGAAAUUAGCUCUUGUAAAAGACCCAAUAGAUAUUUUUGUGAGUCAUGACUGGCCAACUCUCGUUGGAGAUUGGAGUGAUGUGAGAGCUUUAACAAGAAUCAAGCCAUAUUUUAAGAAAGAUUUACAGUCAAGAUCACUUGGAUCUCCUCAUCUAUCAGCUCUCUGAGAUAUGAUCCAGCCAAGAUACUGGUUUAGUGCUCAUCUCCAUAUUCAUUGGGAGGUCACAAUUGAACAUAAGGAUCUAUAUGGAGAAACCACAGCUGUAACAAAAUUUUUAUCUCUUGAUAAGCCAAUCAGAGGAAGAGGCUUCCUUGACAUCAUGGGACUCACACCUAGAGACAAAAUAAAAUUCUGAGAGGAUAACAUGAAAAGAGUGUACUCUAGCAUGAGAAGAUUUUGCCCACAAGGGUUUCAAGUAGUCCAUGACGAAGAAUCUGAAUCUGAUGCUGAUAUGGAAUCUAGCAGUGAAGAAUCUAAAAAUAGCACCACAGAACCAGAGGAGAUUAAAGAAGAAGUCAAAGAUAGCCUAAAGUCAGAAGUAUCUCCAGCACCAGAAUCCACUACUCAAGUUGAGAAUGAAGAGGAAAAGGAAUCUCCAUUUUCAAAAAGAGAUGAUCAAAUUUCAAUGGACUUAGAAUGGCUAUCAAUAGUCAAAAUUACCCACCCAUUGAUGCCGAUUGGAAAAGGAAGGUUUAAUUUUGAUGAAUAUGUACAUCCUUUACAAGAGGGGCAUCAUAAAUUGAUCCUUGAAAAGGAAGAGGUUUAUAAGGAACUUAAGGAUAAAAAUUUAGACUUAAACAUCCCCAAAUUAAAGAAUGAAUCCUUGUACACUCAAUGGGAUGCUGAGAAAUGAAUGAAUAAGCAAAGUCAGGCUUAUAUAGAGAUGCUAGAUCUCGAUAGCACCUUCUUCCAAGCUCAAAUCACAUCAAUGCAAAAGACAGUAGUCCCACCUCCUUCCUUUACAAAGCCUGAUAACAAUGAGAUAUCAUUAGAUUUAUAAAAUUUAUCAACAUUUGAUUGAUUAUUGAAACUUUGAUUCAAA